GGCAGGUCUGAACAACCAUGGCGCUGUCCAUAGUGACAUGCAUCCAGGAGUACAUCCGCUCGAUGAUCGAGCGCGUCGGCGGCAUGAAGGUCCUGCUGCUCGACGGCGAGACCACCGGCAUCGUCAGCAUGGUCUUCUCCCAGUCGCAGAUCCUCGAGCGAGAGGUCUUCCUGGUGGAGCGACUCGACGCCGAAAACAAGGAGAAGAUGCGCCACCUCAACGCCGUGUGCUUCUUCCGCCCGACAGCCGACAACUUCCUCCGACUCGCCAAGGAGCUCAAGGCGCCGAGCUACGCCGAGUACCACCUGUUCUUCUCCAACGUAGCGCCGCAUUCGCAGCUGGAGCGGCUGGCGAGGUGCGAUGAGUACGACAGCGUGCAGCAGGUGCACGAGUACUUCGCCGACCUCUACGCCAUCAACCACGACCUCUUCUCGCUCAACCUGGCGGGCACCGUGGGCCUCACACAGGACCCGACGGCCUGGACCAACUUCGAGGAGGCCGUCUUCGAGCGCACCGUCGAGGGCAUCUUCGCCGCGCUGCUGGCGCUGCGCAGGCGGCCAUUGGUGCGGUACCUGAAGCCGUCUGAGCUGUGCAGGAGGGUGGCGACCAAGCUGCAGCAGCGGAUGACCGAGGAUCACUCAUUGUUCGACAGCAUGGGGGUGGGGCUCAGGGCAGGUGAGGAUACACACACACAACACACAGAGAGAGGCCCUUUUGGUAUGGGCGGAUGGGUGGUGGAUGUGUGUGUGCAGGUGGUGCGGGUGACUAUUCGGCUGGCGGCGGCGGGUGUGUGUUGCUGCUGGUGGAUAGGAGGGAGGACCCCGUGACGCCCCUCCUCAACCAGUGGACCUACCAGGUAUGCACGUUCACACAUGCAACGCUUCCCUCAUCCAUCCAUGUGUGUGUGUGUGUGUGUCCCUCAUUCCGUCAGGCGAUGUUGCACGAGUUGAUAGGGAUCGAGAACAACCGUGUGGACAUGCGCAAGGCGCCGGGCAUCGCUGAGGACCUCAAGGAGAUCGUCAUGAGCCCUGCACAAGACAACUUCCUGGAACAGGUGACUGUGUCAGCGACGCAGACAGUGGGAGGGAGGAGAGCGCAUCCAGGCACCCGUGUAUGCCUGGCCUGGCUGUGUGUGUGUGUUGUGUUGUGUUGUGUGAAUCUCAGAAUUUGAGUUCCAACUUCGGCGACCUCGGUGUGGCGAUCAAGCGAUAUGUGGAGGCGUACCAGCAGCAGGUAGGUGUGCCUGUCACCACACCAUGCAUGUGUGUGUCCAUCCCUCCCUCAUCCGUGUGUUGUGUGUUGUGUGAUGUGUGUUGUGUGUUGCGUCUUAUGCAGACUCAGAACACCGCCAAGAUCGAGUCGAUAGAGGACAUGCAGCGGUUCGUCGACCAGUUCCCCGAGUUCAGAAAACUUUCAGGUAGGUAGGUAGGCAGGGGACUUUCUCCAGCCAAACAACGAACACAUCCAUUCGUGUGCAUCAUGAUGCGCCAUCCAUCCGUCGACUCAUGCAGGCAACGUGUCCAAGCAUGUGGCCGUCGUGCACGAGCUGUCCCGGCUCGUCGAGACCAACGACCUGCUGGACGUCUCGUGCCUAGAACAGGUAGGUCGGUAUGCCGUGCUGCUGAUGUGGCUGGGGUCUACCACAGAGAAAUGCAUUGUGUGUUCCUGUGCUGUGUGUUGGUGUAGGAUUUGGCGUGCACCAACAACAGGAAUGAGCACUGCAAGGCGGUGCUGGACCGGCUCCGCAGCCCAGACACGCGCAACAUGGAGAGGCUGCGGCUGGUCCUCCUCUACGCCCUCAGGUGAAUGGACGCGAGCACAGAGAGAGAGUGUGUGUGUGUGGGCAUUGUGUGUGUGUGUGUGUGUGUGUAGGUAUGAGAAUGACACGUACAUCGGUCAGCUCAAGGAAGAGCUCAAGAAGGCCGGCAUAGAGGAGGAACAGGUGAUCCCCCAAUGCACCCAAGUAGCCAGCAUCUCACUCAUCCUCUGUGUGUCCCUUCCUUCACAUAUAAGUGCAGGUGGCGUUGGUUGACGCGUUGCUGGCUCAUGCGGGCUCCCACGUGAGGAGCGGCGAUCUGUUCCAAAACAAGAACUUCCUCGCCGUCGCGAAGAGCAGCAUACAGAGGGGAUUCAAGGUCAACAGACCGUCUGGCGGGGGAGGGGUGACACUGCGAGAUGAACUCAUGUCUCUCUCUCUCUCUGUGUGUGUGUGUGUGUGUGUGUCAGGGUGUGCCCAAUGUGUACACGCAGCACAAAUCGCUUCUCGCCACCACACUGGAGCUGCUACUCAAAGGUCGGCCACACAUACACAUCCCCACAGAUCCAUCCAUCCAUCCAUCCAUGUCUUCCUUUGUGUGUGCAUGGCUGCAGGCAAGCUCAAGGAGACGCAGUACCCCUUCGUGCCCACCACCCACUCCACAGCCAGCGGCGCCGCUUCACGAGACAAACCCUCAGAGGUACUUGGAGGCACCUCACCUCGCCCCCUCCACACCAAUAGUGCCUGAUGGAUGGAUGGAUGGCGUGGCGUGUGUGUCAUGGAUGCGGCAGGUGAUAGUCUUCGUUGUGGGCGGUGCGACCUUCGAGGAGGCGCGUGACGUGGCCCACCUCAACGCACAGGGGGGCUGCCGUAUCAUUCUCGGCGGCACCACCGUACACAACACCAAAUCGUUCCUCGCAGACAUUUCCCAGCUGGUGAGAGAGCCAACGACACCCAUCAUCGCGUGUAGUCGAAUGACACUGUGUGUUUGGGUGUGUGGUCAGGUGCGCGGGAGGAGGGUGUCUACGAGCCUUGACUUUGGCGGGGCUUCAUCGUCAUCGUCCUCUGCUGCUGCUGCCAGCGGGCCUCUGGGGGCGGGGGCGCUCGUGUAGUCGUGUAGAUAGUUGAUGGCAGUGGCAAGCCCCCAGACAGACAGACAGACAGACAGACAGACAUAGAUGGGAACACUUCCGUGAGGAUGGUAGAGGUAGGUAGACGGGGCGAGCGACUGGCCGCCGACUCAUUUGUUUGUUUUGCUGCGUGCCUGCGUGCUGAUUGAAUGAUCGCUGAGUGUCCGUAUGUUGUGGAAGCCCAUUGAUCGG